UUAAAGAAAAGAAAAAUCAAAUUUUUAAAAAGGAAUGAUCUUUGUUGAGGGUGUCUUCGAUGUGGAAGUGAGAUUUGGCGCCUCAGUUGCUAAAGCAAUAUCCUUGUGUUUGUUGAAAGGCUACAAAAUAACGUGGAUUCAUAUACUCUUCUCAUAAAUCACGUAAUUUCAAAACUCAUUUUUUCUUUGCCUUUUCAAUUCUCACCUAAAAGAAAAAGGAUAAAGGGGGUUGAGAAUUUCCCUAUCCUUUUUUUCUUAUUUCACCUCUGUUUCUACUGCUUCAACUGUUGAAUCUUUAAUCCUUCAAGUCUAAGUCUCCCAGGGUGUGAGAGAAAAUUGAGCAAAGGGACGACUAGAUGAUGCUCAGAAAUGUUAGUCAAAGACUUUUGUUGUUCUAUUGAUUCAAGUUUGUGGUGUUUGAAAUUCAAAUGAACCUUUCGAUGGAUUGCCAUUCAAAUGAUGUAAAGGCCAAGGCCGGCGGGAAUCAGAGCAAUGAAGGCGACCUUGAGAAGCAGAGAGUUGCUCAACCAUCAUCAUCAGCAUUAGAGCUCUCUACCAGAGAUGGUGAUGAUAAUACCCUAUUAACCAUUGUUGUUUCUACAGGGGAGUCUAAACCAACCUCUGAGGUUCCUGGUCCUGGGACUCUUCGCUCUCAAGAAGAAGUGAUAUUGGCUUGUGCAGUUUCCCCAAAAAAGGAGCUCUUGUCUACUACUUCUGGUUCUGAUGAGCAGUGCAGAAUUUGUCAGCAAGAGAAGGAGGAAGUCUUGAUAGAACUUGGAUGUCAUUGUCGAGGCGGUCUCGCAAAAGCUCAUCGGACUUGUAUAGAUACUUGGUUUCGUACCAAAGGAUCAAACAGAUGUGAGAUAUGCCAGGUUGUAGCGGCAAAUGUAUCACCUCCACAGUCACAUCAUGGUACCAACUACUGGAUUUGGAGGAUUGAUCCAACCUAUAGAACUCAAGAUCCCCAAAGGUACUGCUUCAGUCCACUUUGGUUGGCUUUUGCCAUUCUCAUAGGAGGUCUCCUACUAGAUAUUCUCAUAUCAAUCACCCUCGGUGUUUCCGCAUUGCCUGUAAAUAUCAUCAUCGGAGUUAUUGUGGUGCUUGGACUUGGAACUGUGUUUCGACUUGCUUUGGAGUUCUUUCAGGAGUGGAAUUCAUCAAGAGGAUCACAAAGGGUGGAAUCAAAUGUCACUAUUGGGUACUUUCCAGCUAUAUAGUCUUCGAAUGUUUGCUUAAAAAAGAAGAAAAAGGAAACGUUAUAUAAAUAAAGUGAAAAUAUAUCUUAUUCUUGUUUUUUUUCUCUACGUGUAUUGGCCUCUUGAUCAAACAUAUUAGUUUAACUUGUUGUGUAAAUUUGACAAUAAAUCAGUAAAUAUGUUUACUUCAAUUGCAAGUGGUAAGCAAUAAAAUUUUAUGUUUUGACGA